AUGCAAAUCAAUGAUAACCUCCUGGAAGCCUGUGCCAAAUAUGGUGUCAAAAAGACUAUUUCCUGCCUCUCAACUUGCAUAUUUCCCGACAAGACCACUUACCCAAUCGAUGAAACCAUGGUUCACAAUGGUCCCCCACAUUUCUCAAACUAUGGUUAUGCCUAUGCCAAACGUAUGAUCGAUGUGCUUAACCAAGUGUUGGUUGUCAUGCUUGGGCACGUCGUGGAAAUCAUCUCCGUCCCGGUACGUGAUAGACUCAUUGAAACUGGAUCUUCUCGUGCCUGUAGCGGAUAG